UCUACAGGGAACACUGUUAGUAACCUGAUUUUCAUUCUACCUCCAAUCUAUGGUGCCAUUCAGAGUUACAAAGAUGGCCUUGAAAAACGGUAUAUAAUUGCUUAUUUGUGCGUUGCAGCUGUGGGUUUGGGCUCGUGGUGCUUUCACAUGACCCUAAAGUAUGAAAUGCAGCUGUUGGAUGAGCUGCCUAUGAUCUACAGCUGUUGUAUGUUUGUCUACUGCCUGUACGAAUGCUUCAAGUACAAGAAAACCAUCAAUUACCCUCUCCUGUUUCUACUUAUAGCCUACAGCAUCGGUGUCACCAUAGUAUACCUGAAUUGGAAACAGCCUGUGUUUCAUCAGGUUAUGUAUGGAACACUGGUGGCUGUUUUAGUACUGCGCUCUGUAUAUAUAGUGUUAUGGGCAGCACAAAGGCUUAGGGGGCUGGGUUAUACAUCCUUGACCGUUUUUUUGCUGGGAUUUUUCCUUUGGAAUGUAGACAACAUUUUCUGUGAUAAACUGAGGGGAUUACGUGAGAAGCUGCCGCCUCUUGUGAGCGUUGUGACACAAUUUCAUGCUUGGUGGCACAUUUUCACAGGCCUCGGCUCCUACCUUCAUAUCUUGUUCAGCUUAUAUUCAAGGACACUUUUCCUGAAGUACAGACCAAAGGUCAAGUUUCUCUUUGGGAUUUGGCCCAUUCUCUUAGUAGAAUCGACCAAGAAGCAAUGACACGGACCUCUGGCUGUAACCGAAGAGGCGCCCCACCCUGGAUGCAUAAGGAGAUUCUGCAACCAUUUUGACUGAUGCGUUGGACUUGGCACGGCAAAGGGGCUUCCGUCCCCUCUCACUAUUCCUGCAACCGUGGAGAAAUCAUGUAGAACCAAGAGCCAACGUUUCCACGGAAACCAUGAUUUAGAGGAUUUUUCCUCAUUUGGGGGGCAUCAAAAGGAGAGUGCAAGUUUUUUUUAAUGUAUACCUUGUAUAGCUUGGAGAGGUGGGGCUGGUCGAUUGUGCCAGCCACAGAAAACCGAUAUGCUUUCCUUUUGAAAGCGGGUUACUGCAGUUUUGGUUUGGCAGAUCAAACUUUUUCAGCUGGGUCAAACUUUUUCAGCUGGGAUCGGAACUUAAAUGUUUGCAAGGGAACGGUGAGAAAUGUCGAAGCCAAAUAAGGAGGGACCAUCCAGUUGAUUUAUGAGGACUUGAUGGUCUAAAGUGCAUUCUGUGUGUCUGUUUGUACAUUUCUGUGUCUCAGGCUUCUGUCAUUUUCUCAAAUUGUUUUCCCUAGUGACUGGUGCAGAUUAAGGGGCACUAGUGGUAGAAGUGCUGUCCUUACAAUUGGUUACACAACCCAUUUUCUGUUCAGAAUGUAAGACAAUUAAUUAUGGGUCUUCUCCCUGUGUUAAGAGUUAUACCCCCAGUUUUAAAGAAAAACGUACAGUUGCCUCUAAGAUGGUCUCACCUUGAAUGGGAAAUCGGUUGGCUAGCAUAAGAUGCCCAAUUAGUUACUUGGACACUGAAGAAAACCAUUAUUUGCUCGAGAAAUGGAAUUCUGGAAUCUGUACAAGCUGUUUGGGCUGCUCUCUGUGUUGGGUCCGCCUGGUUUUUCGGGGUUAGUAGGAAAAUUCUGAAGCAUCUCUUCCCGAAAAUAGAUGCAGUCCUUAAGUGAGAGCGAUUUGGGGUUCUGCCCUUUGAUGCAACCUUUCCUUCCAGCCUGAAUAAUUAUGUGGAAGUCAUCGAGGACCAGUUCUCCGUUUGCAAAAUGCGGCAUCUCUUGUGUGCCUCCUAAGUGCAAAAGGCGCACAUGUCCUGUCAGGUGUGUGCAAUGCACAACGGUGACCUUGGGCAGUUGCCGUGUCUCAGUCUAACCUACCUCAGAUUCACGGAGAGCCAGGCUGUCGGUGGCUACCCAUCAUGAUACCUGUGUAUGCUCUUCCAUUCUCAAAGGCAGCCUGCCUCCCAGUACCCAUUUCUGGGGAGCAAAACGGGGAGGGAGCUGUUGUGCCCCGUCCUUGUUGUGGACUCCCCUGGAGGCAUCUCUCCGGCGACUUUGGGAAGCUGGGUGCUGGACCUGUAAAUCUUUUGAUCUGCUCCAGCAGGGCGCCCCGUAUCAUCUUGCAGGGUUGUGGUGAGCCUAGAGAGGCAUCGCAAGCCUUGAGCUCAUUGGCAGGCAGGCAAGGGAAAGCUAUUACCAGGGACUCCCAUGCCUUUCUCUGGAAGGUCAAACCAAACAAAGAUAGCCGGUAGUUUGACUUCAUCCUGUCUGUCUCUGUAGAGGCUCUCUUUUGUAGACUUGUUUGUGACGACGGCUGCACUGCAUGCUGGUGAGGGGCCAAGGCGGAUGUGAAUUCUCUGGUAUGCAAGAUGACUCUCCUUGUAAGUGACCUGGAAAUGUGCUGUUUGGGCUUUCCUGCAGGCCUUCCAUCUCCAGGCUGCGUCACUGUGGUUUUCUAGAGCUAACCAGGCGCCCCUGUCCUUUGGAGUCCUCAUGCUGAAGUGAGUGAAUUCCAUUCGUAACCCCAGCUCCCCUACCCCUCAAAGCAGCCUUCCUUAACUUGUGGGCCUCCGAUUUGGUUGGAUUUCAGAGUCCGUCCUUUCUAGUUGGAGUUCGGCCCCUCUGGACGGCUCCCUGAAGCAAAGCUGUGGAGCCCGUUUCAAAUGAUAUUACCUAAUCUAUGUUGAGCUGUCUGAUAUGCUACACAGCAUGGAAGUAGAUCUCCAGGACCCGUGGUUGAAGAUAGUGUGGUGUUUUGGGUAAAGUGGCAGACAAAGGCCUCAGUGGACCUGGGUUCAAAUCCCCACUCAUCCAUGGGAAUUUACGGUGGGAGGGGGGCUGGUAAAACUACUCCUUAAAUAUCUCAUUUACCUUGAAAGCCCUAUUAGGAUGACUCUGAUUUGGUUUUGACUUGACAGAAAACACACACAACCUGUGUGUAAUACUGAAAUCAUGCCAAUAUGUCCUCCCUCCCAUUUUCCCUCAGAAAUUCUUAUUUAUUCCAGUCCUGGAUAUCUCAGUUCAUGCCACUGUUUCAGAGGGGAAGAGUAACACAAUGUAUAGCUCUUAUUUCCUGGCAGUUUAUGCCGUACGUGAACAGUGCUCACGUGGUCAAGUUAGAAGUCAUGUCGUACCUUCGAUUCUGCCUGGCAGUUUUCUCCUGAUGAAAAAAACAAAACAGACUGAUGUUGGAAUCUUUAUUUUCUUGUCCCAUAUCUGCCUGCAUUGGGUGGCAAAUCGAAAUAAAACAGUGGCCCCUGCAAUCACCAGUCACCAAAUAUCCUGUUUCAGGUUGAGCCCCAGAUUCUCCAACCCCCAAAUCCACCUCUCGUGGCCCUCAGAAACUUUGUUUUGCAGCACUGGGAACUUAGAAAGCUGUAGUUCCGUACCGGAUCCUGUUGAACAUGAACUGCAGGAACUGAUAGCAAACUCUUUGGGAUUUCAGCUAGAAAGUCUUUCCAGUCCUCCCCGGCCGUGCCAGGAAAUUGGUGACUAGAUGGGCGGGAUAUAAAUAUAACAAAUAAAUAAAUAAUAAAUAAAUGAAAUUCAACAGUCGACUCUAUGCAAAGGACGGGCUGUUCACACACUAUGUGUAAUUGUACAUGUAAUCCUACACCCCACUCCACACCCCACUUAAUUACCGGAACCACGGGUUGCUUUAAUUGGCAGCCCACUUUCCAGAGAGAUCGCUGGGUUAGUCCAUUUUUUAGCAGCAACAAAAAGUAUUGCAGCCCUUUUAAAUUUGUUUCUCCUUGAGCUUCGCAGAAACAGGGCACUUCUUCCAGCGCUGGAGUAAACAUGUCAGUCUUAAAGGUGCUGCAAUACCUUUGGUGUGGUUGUUGUAGCUGCACAUUAUGUUUCCAUGUUGAACAUGCCAUGUGAUAAAAUUGCGCGGGAAUGUGACAAGCUAACAACGGAGAUCUGGAGCGAUCCAUGCCUCUGCUACGAGCUUGCUUGGUUUCCAUGUUAAAUUUACAGGACUAAGCUUGGGAACACAGUGGGCUAGUGAAGUGGCUGUCUUCCCCCCCCCACACUCGUAGCCUUCUGGCCCCCUAGGCUAGUGUUCCAGGAGAUGAAAACCGUACUUAACAUGGAAACCAAGCAAGGAGUCAAGGUAUGCCUGCCAGAAAUGAUGUUUCAUGUCCCUGUUUUUAUGCACAAGAAUGCCUGGUGAACAAGGUGUGUUGUGUGUGUUGUGUUCCUAUCUGCCAGGCCCUUUGUUGUGUAGAAAGCACACAACAUUAAAAAAAAACCAAACAGGUUGAACGUAAGCAUCUUUUGAGAGAGAACUGAAGGCUGGACAGAAUGGAAAUCUGGUGGUGUUAAAAAUUUAGGAAUACAGCUUCUGUGCCAGAUUGUAUGAACAUAAGGGAACCCGGACCAAGAGCCCUUAUGGGUUUAAAAAGAGCAUUUUGUCCCUAUCAUGCUUUUGUUCUCUGUAAGAAUUGGAAGGGAGCAAGACGUGCCACCUUCCCUUCCAGUUUUCAUGUGUGAUGUCUCCAUUGCUUUACAUUCCAAUGUCUUGUGCGUUUGCACAUUUAAGAAGGGGAAGGAACUAAUCUAUUCCUGCCAAAGGGUUCUUUUCUUGGACCUCUUUUCAUAGUAAAGAAGAACCCCCUGGCACAGUUAAUCUUUUGUACACAGAGGCAGAGCUGGCUAGACUUGCCGUGUUUGGGGGACCAACACCCAAUCCUAGAAGGGCGCCCAUGCUUUUUAUGACGUGUCCUCAGCCAUUCUGUAAUUGUGUGAUAGGAUAGUGCUGGGGAGCAAAUGUGCUGGUGCCAUCCCUCUGCAAGGUUGGGAUGCAGACUAGAAACAGAUUUCUUUGAGGAAAUUCCUUAUACAUAAAUGCCACUACCUCUGAAAUCUCCCACAGUGGUUUUGGAGCUGUUAACACAUUUCCAGGAUGAAGGAAUUCCUUCCCCCCACCCCAGUGUGAUCGUAACUGAGAUAAUACUCUGGAUCAGCUCCUUUUCUCUGAGACUACAGCUGUACCACAUGAAGUAAGCUGAAAUGGUCUUGUCCCAUAGAGAGUCUGUCUGCUGCAUCUCUGCAUGAUUCAUUGUUCUGGCUCUGCAUCUUUCCAGCCACCCUUUGCUGAGGGGCAGAUAACGUCUGUGUGACUGGAACAAUAUAGAAUUGCCCAUCAUUGAUGUAAAGUGUAACUGGAGGAACUGGGGCUGACUUGCUUUGGGAAUCAUGUCCAGAACUUGUGAAGAAUUAAAACGAGUGUGCUCCCUGAAGUAAAAGAAAGAUGGG